AUGACUGGCUCAUCCCUCCACCCCCAGAGCGAACUAAGACCUAAGUUACAGGCCACUAACGGUUCACAAGUGACAGAAUCGAGCAAUGAAGACAUUGACCCGGAGGCAAACGAGGUAGAUUCGUUUGAGGAACACAUUGACAAGAUGUUUGCUGCUUCUGAUGCUGAAAAGCGCAAAGGACAAAAGACCACUGAGUUUUGGAAUGUUGAUCUCAUUGAUUUUGAAGGAAUAGUCAAGCCAGCUAAAAUGAGUGUGAGGGAGGCUAUGGAGCAGUCUCUUAAUGGUAGCAAGAUCAUACUGAGGUUCAAUGAGGAACUGCAAGCAGUUGGAGAUGGAGCUGGCUUGUUGAGUGGCAUUCUAGGAGCGCUGGGUUCUGAUUACAGCAAAUUUCCUAUCUAUGAAAAGAGUUGGCCAAAGGUGUGGGGCAAAGAUAGGGUUUAUAAUGAUUGCAUAAAGGCGAAAUGUAAGCAAAAUGCGCUGAAUCGUAAGAAGCAACUUUACACGCACACUGGCGGUUCUAAAAGCUUGGCUAGGACAAGGGAAGAAGAGUCAGAAAAGCAAGGGAGAAAAGUUGGUAGAGGAGAAGUAUGGAUCCUAAAGCACAAAAGAUCUGAUGGAAGCUAUAUACAUGAAGAAGCUCGGAAGAUUGGUGAAAAAAUAUAUGAGAUUGAGCAGCUGGAUGAAUCUACAAGAAUAUUGUCAGAAAAUGAUUCCCUUGCCCAAGCUCUCGAUAAAGAGCACCCGGGUAGAGUGCGUGGGAUGGGACACGGGCCGACACCAAGUCAACUCUUUCGUCUGAGUUUGCAGCUGUCGGUGGAUAGAGCUCAAGUAGAAGAGGCCCAAAGGAUGCUGUGUGAACUACAAGCAGAUGUGACAACUGAAAAAUUGAAGCGAAAAGCAAUGGAGGAUGAAUUAGCAGCAGAGAAAAUGAAGAGGCAGGCAAUAGAGAUUGUGCUGAGUUAUCUGGUCCAACAACAAUGUGGGGAGCUAUCUCUGGACAUCACUGCACAGAUGAAUUAUUUGGACGGACAUGGCGGAAAUAGAAAUUAG